AUCGACAAACUCAAUAAUAUUAAUGACAUAACCUAAAAAGUUAAGAUAACCGAAACAUCAUCGAAAAAUCAUUAAAUAAUCAAAAAAUUUAACUUGUAAAUUAAAAACUGUUAAAAAAACAUAAAAAACAAUGCAAAGUAUUAAAAAAAUCGCAACCACAUCGUUCAAAAAUUGGAGAUUCAUCUCAAAUCGCACCCCAAUUUUAUCACAAGCCGAACCCCAAAUAGAAAAAAUCCCCAUUCCAUCCCCAUCAGAUACAUCAAUUCCAGCAUCUCCAAAAAUUGAACAACUUUGUUCGGAAAUAACCAAAUUAAACCUCAUCGAAGUAAGCGAAUUAAGCGCUUUAUUAAAGAAGCGGUUAAAUCUCCCCGACGCCCCCAUGGUAGCGGCGGGCUCUUUUGCCCCCGCGAAACAAGAAGACGAGGAAGAAGCGGCUCCGCAAAAACAAAAAACUUCUUUUACUGUUAAGUUGAUGAAAUUCGACGAUAAACAAAAAGUGGCUUUAAUUAAGGAAAUUAAGAAUUUACUGGAAGGAAUGAACCUGGUGCAAGCUAAAAAGUUCGUUGAAAGUGCCCCCGUUGUCGUUAAAGGGGAUAUUGCUAAAGAUGAAGCGGAGAAACUUAAAGAAGCUUUGGUGAAAGUUGGGGCGUCAAUAGAAAUCGAAUAAAGAUUCAGAAAUGUAAUUAUUAAUGUAGAAUUAGGUUUAAUAAAGAUAAAUUUGUAUUAAUUAAA